AUGAGACGGAACCACCAGCUUACUGGGAACCUGGAGCUCUUGAAGAAUCUCAGCAAGUUAGAGUACCUGGAUCUCAGCCAUACGCAAGUCAGCGGGCAGCUGGGGGCCUUGAAAAGCACGGGCACACUGACGAACCUGCUUCUCGAAAGCACCGGCGUGGCUGGGCGGCUGGAAGACUUGCAAAGGAUGGGUCGAUUGACAGAGCUGCGACUGCAAAACACCCAGGUCGCAGGGGAACUGAACUGCCUCCGCCACAUGACCCAGAUGAGGGUCUUGGGCCUCAGCCACACGAAUGUCGUGGGGCAGUUGGAGAAUCUGCGAGACCUGUCCCACAUGUCCACGCUGUCUUUGGGAAAUCUACGGCUCGAAGGCCGGCUGGAGUCCCUGAAGCGGCUGAAAAGUUUGCAGCGCCUGAACCUCGUCAAGACGCAGAUCUCAGGGGGCUUGGAGGCCUUGCAGAACUCGACGUGGAUGGAAAAGCUGGAGCUUCGCGGCACGGGGAUCUCCGGCGACUUAAGCGCCCUCAAGGCCACCCAGGGGGCCACUUGCUUAAGAACCCCACGAUAA